GUUACAUUAGAUAAUUAUUUGAACUUUGGAAGCCAAUAAUGCCAAAGUUCUCCCCCCCUCUGUGAUUUCAAUCCAAACUUCAAUAUGGCGCCUAUUGCUCUGAAAGACAAGAGAAUCGAGGAGCUCACAAAACAGCUUGUGAAGCGAUUCAUCAGAGGAGAGUUAGCAAAAAAGAAUGUUCCUGUUGCUACUCAAUUUGCGAUGUCAAAUUUUAGGUACCACAAAUUUUUGGAUGCAGACAGCAACAAGAUUUCAAGGACAAUUCAGGGACUUUGCGAGAAGUUUGCAAUCCAUGGACAAGAUCAUAAAUCACAGGCUCUUUCAACUUUGGUAGAAAAGUUUAUGAGCUGCCUUUUGUUUGACCAACAGUAUGGCGAAAAGAGUGACGUUCAUUAUGCAUUACUAAAAUUCCUCACAGUGCUGUCAGAUUCUCCGGUUAAUUCUGUUUACCAUCCACCACAAUCGGAAGAAAGUCAAGAUGCAAAAGACAAUUUUAAUUGGACAAACUAUCUUCUUGAGGGUGAAGAAAAAUACAUUGUUCAUUAUUAUGAUACAAAUGAAGAGGAAUUUUGGAGUGACUUAGAUUCAGAGGAUGAUGACAGCGUUAUUGAAGAUGAUGAAAUAUCAGCAGAGAAUCAGAAUGAUAAAGGAGAUGAAUGCAAUCAACAAGAGAGAAACCAAGGGACUGUCAGAUACAUAGCAAAUACUGGUGUUAUAACAUUGGAGGCGAGGGACAUUCUUUGUGAAAACAUCAUGGAACCAUAUUGGAUGACUAAAGAAAGUUCAUCAGCUGCUGAAGAAUCUUCAAAGAUAUCACUUGCCUCGCAGUGGUCAGAAUAUUGUUUGGAAACAAACCCUCUUGGUGUUAGACCAACACAACGUCUUCAUGAAAUCCAAGUUAUCAGAGAAACGAUCUGGAUGUUAUCUGGUGUUAAAAAACUACACGUUUAUGAUUUUACUAAUGAAAAAUUCACAGUUCGUGAGGGAAUUGAAAUGACACACAUAACCGAGCUUUCACUACAGAAGUUUUUGAUCGCGUUUGCCGACACGGCUACUUCAAUAGUCGAGUUACGUAGUUUCAUAAAGAAAGUUUGUCAAGCCUCAACCAACAAAAAAAUCCCACAAACGUAUCAAGCGUUUAGCUUUUCGGUUUUAAAAUACUUUCAGAAAGUCGCAUUUUUCCUAAACGCAUUUUACCAUGAGAUACUGCUUGCUGAUGGCCUUGGAGAUUAUGGUCGUUGGAAGGUGAAAAUCUUACUACCUCUGUUCUUGAAUACUCUGGAACCCUACGUGGAAUUUCUUGAUGGUUGUCUCACUGAAGGAAAGUUAAUCGAUGCCGCUGAUGAGUUCUGUAUUCAAAGGUGUGGUUUACUCUGUACUCAAAAGCUGAUCUGA